AUGAGCCCAAUCCAGCCAAACCAAAGCGGCAGCUUGCCAUUCGCCCGCUCCACUCAAUCUGCGAGUCAACUCCAACAAUCGAAAGGAUUAACGAACUCGUUAUCGAACUCAUCCCUCCGCAGAUCGACCUCCUCGUCCAAAAGAGGCGUCAAAGGCCAGAAAGUCGACACAGAGCGAGAUCUCAUCUAUACAGGAACGUUUAUCGAUGGCAAACUGCACGACAAGGGCGAGGUCCGAACGCUUUCCUCCAACGCCUUACUUGAACAAGGAACUUUCCGGGACGGAUGUUUGGUCAAUGGAUCGAUUUACAACCCCCACACAAACGCAAUCAUCAGCAGAGGAAUGUACAAAGACGGAAAGCUCCACGGCCACGGCAUUCUUUACUACGCUAACGGGCAGAAAUACUGCGAGGGCGUUUUUUCGAACGAGAAGCCCCACGGGAAAGUGGUUUUCUAUUGGGAAUCGGGGAAGAUGAUGUUCAACGGGACGAUCAUCGACGACCAGCUCUGCGACUUGUGCAAAUACUACAACGAAAACGGCGUUUUAACCAAAGAGGUGGAGUAUGAGAAUGGAAAAGAGCGAUCGAUUGCCACCUACGCGAUGGGUCGCUGCACGUGCAAAGCCUUCAUGCAGAACGGAAAGCGCGAAGGACCCGGCCAGGAAUGGGAUCUGGCGGGGCAUCUCGUGUUCAAAGGGCAGUACCACGACAAUCUGCAGUAUUCUGGAGUGUAUUACAGCUAUUCAAUGCGAGGCAUGGAGGUGAUCGGCUACGUUCUGACCCUAAAAGAGGGAGUUCCCGAUCCCACCGUGCAGAUUUUUGCGACUCCCAACUUGGAAGCGAUGGCGAUCGACGAGUCGUGGCGCUGCGUGUACGUCGGAGGAUGGAGCUGCAUCAACAACAACCUCAACAUGAUCCAGAAGGCCGGGAACGGCGCGCUGUAUCUGCCAGACGGGCGAAUUCUCGAUGGGCAGUGGCAGAGCGAUCGGAUCCCGCCGGAGACCUUCGCCACCGUCUACGCGCCCGAAGUGCCCGAGCGGUUCCCGCAGCGGAAGAAGGCGUGGUAUGUCGGGAAUGUGUGGCUGGACGACAGCAUGUCGGUGCUGCAGCCGACGCUGUAUUACCACGGCCGCGGCCGGUUUUACUUCCCGGACAAGAGCUACUUCGAGGGUCAGUGGAAUCGAGGCGUGUUGGAGAGCUAUUCGUGCAUCUUCUGGGAGAACGGGAAGGUGAAAUACCAGGGCCAGAUCAAGCAGUACGACCUGAACGAUCCGAGCUGCAUCCACGAAUAUCUCCCUGUGGGCCUCGUUCGGUAUUAUCCGCUGAGUCAGAACCUGAUCGUGGAGGGGCAGUUCGACGACCAUUACAACUGCAUCAACAACCCGAUCACGCUGUACAGGCUCGAUGGAUCGCAGAUUUGCCAGCAGAACGCGGACUACUCGAUGGAGCCAGACAAUUACAAUGUGCGAUAUGUCAAUUUUUGA